AUGAUAACUCAAGUUAAUACUCAUGUCCAAUAUAAAACCCAAUUCAUACGCAUCAUCAAGAAUUUGAACCUUUAUGAUGACCAUAAUGAAUUGAGUCUGAAUGAUCAAAUCUUAUAUACGCGUGUUUUCAUUAUCUCAACUGCGAUAGCUCUUUUAAUUCUACUAUCAUUUACUGGUAUUAUUCCUCAAACACGUUUAAUCACUGUUUCUUUACCAUCUGUCAAUGAUUUCGAAAAUUUAAUCAAUAUUUACGCAACUGGAGUUAUGUGUCGUUGUUCUCAAACAUCGAUUCCUUAUUCACGAGCGGUGUCAUUGAAUCCUCGAUUUCAUCAAGUUUGCUCAAGUGAUUUUGUCAAGGAAGAAUGGUUUUCCUCUUUAUUCAAUGUUAAUACAAGCAAUUACUAUCCUCUUGACUUUCGUUUAAUGGCUUCUGCACAGUUUCAAGUUUUAUCCAUUCUCUGUCAAACAUCACGUCGAGCUGUAGUCGAUGCCCUUCGUGGAUUUCAUACUAAAACAAUGUUUUCAUCAAAUGCAUUGUCACACGACGAAUUCAAUAGUUAUAUAGGCAAGUCUAUUGAACAAUUCCAGAAAAAAACACUUGAAACUUUCCGUUCAUACAAUCAUUUUAUAUUAUCUUUUAUUGACCAACAUCGUUUUAUAUGUGCAUUAAGAACAAAUUUCUAUACGAGAAGUGUUUCUGGUAGUAAUAUCUCUGUAACUUUUUCUGCCAUUUAUCCACAACAUAUCGAUCUAACUCAAUCGUCAUUGAUGUCAAAUGAAACAUGUCGAUGUGAUCGUUCAAAUGAUUGUAUUUAUCCUGCUGGGAUUUAUAAUCAAACACGAUCUAUCGUUCCAAAUGAAGUCUUUUCACUUGAUAAAUUACCUCUAUUCAUAAUACCAGGAUUUCAAGUAGGAUGUACACCCCAAAAUGCAUUGUUUCAAUCAACAUUGGAAUGCUUAUAUAAUCAACCAUGCUUAGAUAUAGUGAUUUCGUUGACUGAUGCUCUUCGUACUGUCGCACCUCUGAAUAUUUCAAACUCUUUUACAAAAUUCAGUCCAACAACAACAAUUGCUGUUAUUUUUGAUAAUAUAAUGAUGGAUUCUUGGGAGAUUUCUAUUGAUUUCGCCACUUAUUUUCAAGCUUGUGCACCUAAAGUCUGUUCACAUUCAUAUGUACAAAGAAAUCCAAGCCAGGAUCAAUUCGAGUAUCUUCAUGAUGUGUAUUCAUCAGUUUUAGAAUGUUCAUGUCGUAAUUCAUCGAUACCACGAUCAUCAUUCAUAUUUAAUGAAGUGCAAAUUCAUCCAUUUUGUACAAGUAGUUUUGUUCGUGACGAUCGUUGGUUUCAAUAUUGGACAAUGAAAUUUCUCAAUGGUAGCAUUGAUCCUAAUCCACCAUUUUAUUGGAAUGAUUUUCGCAAGAAUGGAUGGAAAUUUUUUAAUUAUAUGUUAAUUGAUCAACGUCUUCAUGGUUAUGAAAAUAUCUAUUUGCCUAUUGAUUUAAGUUAUAUAACAGCACUUAAUUCCAAUGAUGGCGACUUUUAUAAGCCUGACCACCCUUUAGAAAUUUUGGCAUCAAUGGGUUUUGUUAAUGAAUGGAUCUAUAUAGGAAAUUAUACAUUGUAUUAUGAUCAAUGCCAGCCAGAGAUAUGUACUUAUACAAUAGAUAAUACACUAUAUUUAAUAGCUCGUGUUAACUUAAUUAUUGGUCUGAUUGGAGGACUAAAUGUUCUUCUUCGUCUCUUAGUUCCAUCAUUGAUUAAAAUUAUCUAUUUGAUUUAUCAUUUGUGCUAUCAUCGAACACGAAGUUUUGUGAUUGGAUGCUCAAUCAUGGAUGGUCUUUCACAGUCAACAUUUGAAUGUUUCUAUGAUAAUAUUUGUGCCAAUCAAUUAAAUACAGCUUUUGGUCACUCAUUUACUAAGUUUAAUCUUGGUGAAACACAGUUUCCACCAACGACUCCAAUUGGAUCGAUUCUAGAUGAGUAUUCUAUUGUAUCAUCUAAGUUUUCAGCUAAUUAUUCUGCAUAUUUUCAAAUAUGUGCUCCAUCAACAUGUCAAUAUCGUUAUAGGGAAGAAAAUGGUGUUGUUUACGUAUUCACAACACUGCUUGGAUUGUAUGGUGGAUUAACUGCAUUCCUACAUAUUUUUGUGUGGUAUUUAUUAGAUUUUUAUCGAUUCAUUGUCAAUCGUUCUCCGUGUUUGUUGCAACGUGUACAUCCUUCGACCUGA